AGAAGAAAGUAAUUGAGUAUUUUAAGGAAAAGCUGAAGGAGAACAAUGCUCCCAAAUGGGUCCCUUCAUUGAACGAAGUUCCCCUUCACUAUUUGAGACCUAACAGUUUCGUGAAGUUUCGCUGCAUGAUUCAGGACAUGUUUGACCCCGAGUUUUACAUGGGAGUGUAUGAAACGGUCAACCGCAACACAGGCGCGAGGGUUCUUCAUUUUGGGAAGUAUCGAGACGUAGCAGAGUGCGGGCCUCAACAAGAAGUCGAUUUGAACUCCCCACGGACGACCACGGUGGAAAGACAGACGUUUUAUUGCGUGCCGGUGCCGGGGGAGUCGACGUGGGUGAAGGAGGCCUACAUUAACGCCAACCAAGCCCGAGUCAGCCCCUCGACAUCCUACACGCCCAGCCGGCACAAGCGGAGUUACGAAGAUGACGAUGAUAUGGACCUGCAGCCCAACAAGCAGAAAGAGCAGCACGCAGCCGCCGGCCACCCCGGGGGUGCUGGUGGCCUUCAGCGGUGCGGAGAGCCAAAGCGCUUAGAAACGGAAGCUUCCACUGGACAGCAGCCCAACUGCCUGACCCCGUCGUCUCCUUUCGACCUGAACUUCCCCCUGCCCGGAGAGAGCGGCCCUGCCUGCCUCGUGAAGGUGUAUGAGGGCUGGGACUGUUUCAAGGUGAACGACGUCCUCGAGCUGUAUGGCGUGCUCUCUGUGGACCCUGUGCUGAGUGUGCUGAGCGAGGACAGGGACGCCUCCUCACUCCUGGACCCGAUGGAAUGCACAGACACCUCCGAAGAGCAGCGGGUCCACAGCCCUCCUGCCUCCUUAGUGCCCAGGAUCCACGUGGUUCUAGCCCAGAAGCUGCAGCACACCAACCCACUCCUGCCGGCUUGCCUUAGCAGAGAGGAGAGCAAGAGCUUUGCUGCUGGUUUCAUGGCCGAGCUGUCCCCAGUCCGUGCCGAGCUCCUGGGCUUCUUCACACACGCCCUUCUGGGAGACAGUGUGGCAGCCGAGUACCUUAUACUCCAUCUCAUCUCCACCGUAUACUCAAGAAGAGAUGUUCUUCCGCUAGGAAAGUUCACCCUUAACCUGAGUGGCUGUCCACGGAGUAGUACCUUCACAGAACACUUGUACCGGAUCAUUCAGCAUCUUGUUCCAGCAUCUUUCCGUCUCCAGAUGACUAUAGAGAACAUGAACCACAUGAGAUUCAUCCCCCACAAAGACUACGCUGCCAACCGCCUGGUCAGUGGCCUCCUCCAGCUGCCCAGCAAUACUUCCCUUGUAGUUGACGAGACGCUCCUGGAGCAGGGGCAGCUGGAUGCGCCAGGUGUUCAUAACGUGACAGCCCUGAGCAACCUGAUCACCUGGCAGAAGGUGGAUUACGACUUCAGUUACCACCAGAUGGAAUUCCCCUGCAACAUCAACGUGCUCAUCAUGUCGGAGGGCCGCUCCCUGCUCCCGGCAGACUGCCAGAUCCAUCUGCAGCCCCAGAUCCUCCCGCCCAACAUGGAGGAGUACAUGAGCAGCCUCCUCUCGACGGUGCUGCCCUCCGUGCUGAAUAAAUUCCGCACCUACCUGACCCUCCUGAGAUUCCUGGAUUACAGUAUCUCUGAGGAGAUAACUAAGGCGGUGGAAGACGACUUCGUGGAGAUGCGCAAGAACGACCCGCAGAGCAUCACGGCCGAUGACCUCCACCAGCUGCUCGUGGUGGCGCGCGCCGGGCAGACGACGCUGUCGCGAGAGCGCUGGCUGCGAGCAAAGCAGCUGGAGGCCCUGAGGAGAGGCAGGCUGCAGCAGCAGCACUGUGUGAAUGGGAACGAGCUCUGAAGCGGGCUGGAAAGAACGGCGGCUCGCUCGGGCUCACCACCCUGCCCGAGACCAUCGUUUUGUAGGUCGUUGUAUUGAGAACCAGUGACUGACUGCCUGAAGCCCAGCCUGGGAGCGCCUCGAGUUUAUAUGGUCUUCAGUAAGCACUUUUCCCUUACUGAUUUUAUGGAGCUUUUAAAGUUUGUUUUAUAAUUACACAAAUUAGUAACAAUGUUAAAAAAGGUAUUUGAUAUUAAAGUUUAAUACUGAUCAUGUUGCCGAAUACACGCAUCCACCCGAGUCCCAGGCCGGACUGCCUGCCGUUAUCUCCGCGGAAGGAAAUGGUUGUGAUCUUCAAGUCGGAAUCUUUCCUUCGAAAUGCUCCUUCCCAGGGUCCCAGGAUGGGAGCAGGGCCUACCUGCCGCUUUCCCCGCACACAUGCUGCGACCAGCCUGCAGGCAGUCUUUUCCCUGGCAGUGGUCCCCAGACUUUGAGCUUUCACAGGCGAAUAUUAUUUCCAAGACAUCGCUGGACAAGGCUGCCAAUUUUGUCUUUGCCAAGUAAUCUGGAGUUACUACUGUGUAUUCCUUUUUCUUAAGGGACAGUUUCAGAAUUAGACUAAAUGUAGCAUUUUCUGGGUACAUGGGAACACGCACUGCCCCCCUUUCCUUCUCUCCCCAGUGCAGGCGGGCUUGCUCACUCACAGGGAAGGCUGCCUACAACUGGUUUGGGCCAAAUUGAAAGGAGCAAAAUAGCGAACUCGGCAAAGAGAAUCAAAGCUGCCUUUAGAAUAAAAGGUUUUCUAAAUGUCAUUUAGUUGCUUUGUUGAUUGUAUUAGAUUUUGGAUUUUUCAUUUCCAAAGGUGUAGAUCAGGUGAUGAUCUGAUAAUUCAGUCCUGACCUGGUUGAUGGAGGGUCUACCCAGACCAAUUGUUUUCAAUUAAAAUGUUAUGAACACAGUGGCUAGCAAGCAAAUGAACAAAUACUCGAGUAGUCACUUUUCCUAAUAAGGAUAUAUAAAGAUUUCUUUUAAUCAGGAAUGAAUGAUUCAGGUUUUUCCUAGGAGGCCUAAGCUGACACUGCUAACCCAGGAGACAGGGUCAGCCUUGAAAAGCCAGGGCGUUUGCUAUCCCUCGUGAACUGAAGCGAACAUGACUGUUUAAUAACAUCACUGUUAACUUUUCCUAAACUCAAAAUCUAUUUUUAUAAACAAAUGUAAAUAGUCUGUCUAUAUUUAGAAUUCUAACUGGUUUUCAUUUUUAUAACUGGUAGACUAGACCAUAAACUUUCAGAAAUAAAAUGCUCAACUGGAUUUGUGAGAAGAUUCCUGCUCUAUAACUGGCCUAGAAUAGGUUAGUCGGUGAUGUGUUUAUUGUGCCAACGUGAAUGUAAUUGACCAAAGAGAAGUAAGUGCAUCAUUUGCUUGGUAUGGAAGAAAAGUUCCCCUGGAAGAAUUGGCUCCUCUUUCAAAUAAAUAAAACUCUGCAAACUACGA